CACGUGACCAUUCUCGCUUGGGUUUAUAAAGUUGAAGAAUUUGUGUUCUACGCUUGGCUUCAUUAGUUGUCUCGUAUUACAAAUCUUAUUGUGUAUUUGUUGUUUUUGUGACUGAAAAAGCAUUGCAAAAUGUCAUCAAAAUCAAAAAAGACUGUAACAUCAUCGACCAAUAUAAGUGUUGUGUCUUCAGUGCAAAGCCCUCCUCAAUCAAGCACUCCUGUUGGUAGCCGCCCUUCUAGUUCAGCCGGUCGCCCCAAUAGCCCGUUAAGUCCAACAAGACAUACUCGUCUACAAGAAAAAGAUGCGUUACAAAAUCUUAACGACCGCCUCGCAGCUUAUAUCGAUAAGGUUCGCCAGCUCGAAAGUGAAAAUUCAGGGUUACGCCGUGAGAUACAAACAACACAGGAAGUGGUUACACGUGAGGUUUCCAACAUCAAGGGAAUGUAUGAGCAUGAAUUACAAGAUGCCAGAAAACUCUUAGAUGAUACCUCCAGAGAAAAAGCCAAAUUGGAGAUAGAUUUGAAGAGACUGUACGAGGAAAAUGAUGACCUGAAAAAGCGCCUAGAUAAGAAGACCAAGGAUUGUCAGCAGGCUGAAAAUUUGGCGCGUCACUAUGAGACCCGUUUCACCGAGGAGAGCAACAAAUAUAACACAGCACUCGCAGACAAGAAGAAGGCUCAAGAUGAGGCCAGGGAUCUCGCCAAGGAGUUGGAGAAAUUGCGGAAGGUGUACGCUGAAGCGCGCAAGACCUUAGAAGAUGAGAUGCUGUGUCGCAUUGAUAUGGAGAAUACGGUGCAGAGCCUCAGAGAGGAGCUGUCCUUCAAGGAACAGGUGUUCCAGCAGGAGAUGCAGGAGACGCGCACCAGGAGACAGGUGGAGAUCUCCGAGAUCGACGGACGCCUGGCCCAGCAGUAUGAGGCGAAACUGCAGCAGAGUCUUCAGGAACUACGCGAGCAACAGGAAGCUAACAUCAAGGCGAAUCGUGAUGAAAUAGAGGCCUUAUACGAGAACAAGUUGAAGAAUCUACAAUCGGCGGCUACUCGUAACAACACAGCUGCGACCGUGGCCGUCGACGAGCUCAGGACCAUGCGGACAAGGAUCGACUCGCUGAACAGUACCCUCAACGAUCUGGAGAACAAGAACGCUGCUCUCAGCAACCGCUGCCGCGAACUCGAACGCCAACUAGAAUCCGAGCGAGCUCGUCACGCCGAGGACCUGGCGUCCCUGGAACAAGAACUGGCGCGGCUGAGAGACGAGAUGGCGUCUCAGCUCAGGGAGUACGCCACACUCAUGGACAUCAAGUGCUCGCUGGACCACGAGAUCGCCACCUACCGCGCGCUCAUCGAGGGCGAGGAGGACAGGUUGAACCUCACGUCUCAGUCCCCCGGCCGUGAGUCCCGUGCGUCCAUGAGCGCCUCAGGUAGUGGUCGCGUCACACCAGGUCGGCGGGCGACUCCUCUCCGCGCCGCUCGUAAGCGCACCUUGCUAGAUGAAAGUGAAGAACGCAGCCUUCAAGACUUCAGCGUCACGUCCAGCGCUAAAGGAGACCUGGAGGUCGCCGAGGCCUGCCCAGAGGGAGCGUUCGUCAAGAUCCGCAAUAAAGGAAAGAAGGAGCUGAGCUUGGGCGGAUACCAGAUCCUUCGCAAGGCUGGUGACCAGGAGACUCUGUUCAAGUUCCACCGAACAGUGAAAUUGGAGCCGGGCGCGGUUAGUACGGUGUGGUCGGCGGACGUGGGAGCCCAUCACGACCCGCCCACCAGCAUCGUUAUGAAGGAACAGAAGUGGUUCGUGGCCGACUCCUUCGUUACAUCGUUACUUAAUAAUGAUGGAGAAGAGGUAGCGGUGUCCGAGAGACAACGACGACAGAUAAGUACAAGUGCGCAGCGACACCGGGAACUAGCACACAAGUUCCCACGUCGCGAACAGCAACUGGGCGAAAUUCGUGAAGGUGAAGAGAAUUGUCGUAUUAUGUAAGGAAGAAAAGAUACAUCGCUCGAUCAACGACAGUGCGGUUUCUUCUACACGGCGCCUCCAAAUCUCUCUUAGGUUUCAAUUUCGCCCCGUGGGCCACUUCCCGUCUGGAUCGUAUCCGGUACUGACAUGAGACUAUGGAUGGGCAAAUCUUAGGUACCUUAGUACAAAUCACAAUGUAUGCCAUAGUGUUACCGCUUCCAUAAUCCGAACCUUUCCCAUCUGUGGUGCCAUUACAGUGCCUUCUAAAUUAUGAAUUUGUCAUUUUGACGAAAGAUUUACAUCACUUAUAUAAAAGUUAAUGUACAAUUUUACAUAUUUUUUUGUGUAAUUAGAAAGCUCACUGCCAUUAAUUGGCUACUCACAUAAAUGAUUGUGGACACAGUACAAAAAUAUGUUCACAGUGUUGUUAUUGAUAAGAAUAGAUAUGUAAAAUAAUAGAUUUUUAAUUUCUUAGUUUCUCCCCACCCGUCACUGCAAUAUAUGGUGUGAAAGUUUGUCAGUCAUUAACGUUACAGCGCAGUAGAUAUGAUCUACUCGAUAUCUAUCUUCUCGUUAGCUACCGACUAGGAAUUAACUUCAUUAGUGUAAGGUGUUUGACCGUAUCAUGGAUGUCAAUUUAAAAUAAGAAGAGGCAUUAACAUUAUUUAAUUGUCAUAUUGUCAUAACCAGUGCUGGUGCAAGUCUCAAAUAGGAUUUUACAGAUCCGGAGAUGGUAUAGGAGCAUUUACAAAUGCCAUGGAGUCAUCGUAAUUAUUAUUUUUUUUACUAAUAUAUAUCACAUAACAUUUGAUUUAUCGUAAGUUAUAACUAAGUAAGUAAUUUUCACAUGGUUUAUCAAUGAAAGAGGAUAGAAUCUAUAAUUUUCUUGUAUUUUGUUUUUUUUUUUAAAGAAGAAUCAUGAUACUUUUAUUUCUUUAGAAUAAUAUGAAUUUUCCAUGUGUAAAUUAUAAAUAAAAAUAAAAGAUUUAUAUAGGUUUAAUA